AGAAACCUUGACCAAGAAUGAUCCCGAUAAGCUCCGCCAAGCUAAAUAGCAAACUGGCCACCAGGUCCCUCCUAAAUGAAGGUCGAUCCAACAAGAAAUCUUGCGUAUGUCUGUUGGUGGGAAUGGCUCUUGGCGUUUGCUUAGCCGGAAUUAUUUUUUAUUCUUCGCUGCCCAAUGAAGACUACAGUAAUAAAUCGAAAAAUCUUUUACAAAUAAUUGGAUUGGAAAAGCCAAAAAACGUAAGCCAGAGUGUCACAACAAAAUCAAUAAAUCUUGCCAAAGCGUUGGAAGCGAUUAGCGUUGCUUCGACUACACUGAACAUAAAAAGUACCCAAGAAACUACCGAUGAACUUAACAACAGCGAUGAUAGCUUAAAUGAAUAGUUUGAUUGCUUUAUAUUUGAUUU